AUGGUGCAUUUUACUACCGAGGAGAAGGCUGCUGUUGCUAAUCUGUGGGCCAAAGUGAAUGUGGAGGUGGUCGGUGGUGAGAGCCUGGCAAGGCUCCUGAUCGUCUACCCAUGGACCCAGAGGUUCUUUGACAGUUUUGGUAACUUAUGCUCUGAGUCUGCCAUAAUGGGCAACCCCAAGGUCAAGGCCCACGGCAGGAAGGUGCUGAACUCCUUUGGAAAUGCCAUUAAGCACAUGGAUGACCUCAAGGGCACCUUUGCAGAUCUAAGUGAGCUGCACUGUGACAAGUUGCACGUGGAUCCUGAGAACUUCAGGCUCCUAGGAAACAUGAUAUUGAUUGUCUUGGCAACCCACUUCAGCAAGGAAUUUACCCCGCAGAUGCAGGCUGCCUGGCAGAAGCUGACCAACGCUGUGGCUAGUGCUCUGGCCCACAAGUACCACUAG